GGUGAGCCUGGCAAACCAGGAAAAGGAGGUGAGCGUGGACCUACUGGACCUCAGGGAGCUCGUGGAUUCCCAGGAACACCUGGUCUACCUGGAAUCAAGGGACACAGAGGUUACUCUGGUCUUGACGGUGCAAAGGGAGAAACUGGCGCUGUUGGCGCUAAGGGGGAGGCUGGUGCUCCUGGAGAGAGCGGUGCACCUGGACCCAUGGGACCUCGUGGUUUACCUGGUGAGAGAGGACGUCCUGGACCCUCUGGAGUUGCUGGAGCACGUGGAAAUGAUGGCUUGUCUGGUCCUGCUGGUCCUCCUGGUCCUGUUGGUCCAGCUGGAGCUCCAGGCUUCCCUGGUUCUCCUGGUUCAAAGGGAGCCCCCGGUGAGCGUGGACCCUCUGGAGCCAGUGGGCCCAAAGGUGCUAGCGGUGACCCUGGACGUCCUGGAGAGUCUGGUCUUCCUGGAGCCAGGGGUCUGACUGGUCGUCCUGGUGAUGCUGGACCUCAGGGCAAAGUUGGACCCUCUGGCGCCCCUGGUGAAGAUGGCCGUCCAGGACCUCCAGGCCCUCAGGGAGCCCGUGGACAGCCUGGUGUCAUGGGAUUUCCUGGACCCAAAGGAGCAACUGGGCUAGCUGGCAAGUCAGGUGAGAAAGGACUGGCUGGAGCUCCUGGUUUGAGAGGUCUGCCUGGCAAAGAUGGAGAAACCGGCUCUGCUGGACCCCCUGGCCCUGCUGGCCCUGCUGGGGAGAGAGGAGAGGUGGGACAGCCCGGUCCAUCAGGCUUCCAGGGUCUUCCUGGACCUCCUGGACCUCCUGGAGAGGGAGGCAAACCUGGAGACCAGGGUGUUCCUGGAGAGGGUGGACCUGCCGGUGCCACUGGACCCAGAGGAGAGCGUGGUUUCCCUGGAGAGAGAGGAGCUGCUGGCACUCAAGGUCUGCAGGGACCCAGAGGCCUGCCCGGAACUCCUGGAACCGACGGACCCAAAGGAGCUAUUGGACCUGCUGGUGGUGCAGGAGCUCAGGGACCCCCAGGUCUGCAGGGUAUGCCUGGAGAGAGAGGAGGUGCUGGCAUUCCUGGACCCAAAGGAGACAGAGGCGACAUUGGAGAGAAAGGACCUGAAGGUGCUUCCGGCAAAGAUGGUGCCAGGGGUCUCACUGGUCCCAUCGGUCCUCCUGGACCUUCUGGUCCAAACGGUGAGAAGGGUGAAUCUGGGCCUGCUGGACCUUCUGGAGCUGCUGGUGUUCGCGGUGCUCCUGGUGAUAGAGGAGAGACUGGACCUCCUGGACCGGCUGGGUUUGCUGGACCUCCUGGAGCCGAUGGUCAGCCUGGAACCAAAGGAGAGCAGGGAGAGUCUGGACAAAAAGGAGAUGCUGGUGCUCCUGGACCUCAAGGACCAUCUGGUGCCCCUGGACCUGCAGGUCCUACAGGAGUUUUUGGACCUAAAGGUGCUCGUGGUGCUCAGGGACCUCCUGGUGCUACUGGUUUCCCUGGAGCUGCUGGCAGAGUUGGACCUCCUGGUCCCAACGGUAAUCCUGGACCCGCUGGUCCUGCCGGACCUCCCGGUAAAGAUGGACCCAAGGGUGUGAGAGGAGACUCUGGACCUCCAGGCAGACAGGGUGACGCUGGACUUCGUGGUCCUGCAGGAACUCCGGGAGAGAAAGGAGAUGCUGGAGAGGAUGGUCCUCCUGGUCCACUGGGUCCUUCAGGUCCUCAGGGAUUGGCUGGUCAGCGCGGUAUUGUUGGUCUGCCUGGACAGCGAGGUGAAAGAGGUUUCCCUGGUCUGCCUGGGCCUUCUGGUGAGCCUGGAAAGCAGGGAGCCACUGGUGGUGCUGGAGACCGUGGACCCCCUGGACCUGUUGGACCUCCUGGACUCACAGGACCUGCAGGGGAGCCUGGCAGAGAGGGCAACCCUGGAUCUGACGGACCUCCGGGUAGAGACGGUUCUGCUGGAAUCAAGGGCGAUCGCGGUAACACUGGUCCUGCAGGUGCUCCUGGUGCUCCAGGUGCGCUCGGUGCUCCGGGCCCAGUGGGACCCACUGGCAAACAAGGAGACAGAGGAGAGCCUGGCGCACAAGGACCUGCUGGAUCUCCAGGACCUGCUGGAGCCAGGGGGAUGCCUGGACCCCAAGGACCUCGUGGUGACAAGGGAGAGUCUGGAGAGUCUGGUGAGAGAGGACAGAAGGGACACAGAGGUUUCACUGGUUUGCAGGGGCUUCCUGGACCCCCGGGUCAACCUGGAGACCAGGGUGCUACUGGACCUUCUGGACCUGCUGGACAAAGAGGACCACCUGGACCCGUUGGCCCUGCUGGAAAGGAUGGUUCAUAUGGUUUGCCAGGACCCAUUGGUCCUCCUGGACCUCGUGGUCGCAGUGGAGAAAGUGGCCCAGCUGGUCCUCCUGGAAACCCCGGGCCCCCUGGUCCUCCUGGUCCCCCUGGCCCUGGCGUUGACAUGUCUGCCUUUGCUGGUCUGGGCCAAACCGAGAAGUCGCCCGAUCCUCUCAGGUACAUGAGGGCCGACCAGGCCGCUGGGAAUCUCCGUCAGCACGACGCCGAGGUGGACGCCACGCUCAAAUCUCUGAACAACCAGAUUGAAAACAUCCGCAGCCCCGAGGGAUCCAAGAAGAACCCUGCUCGCACCUGCAGAGAUCUGAAGCUCUGCCACCCAGACUGGAAGAGUGGUGAGUACUGGAUUGAUCCCAAUCAGGGCUGCACUGUAGAUGCAAUCAAGGUCUUCUGCAACAUGGAGACAGGAGAGUCCUGCAUUUACCCCAAACCUGCCAAAAUCCCUCGCAAGAACUGGUGGUCCAGCAAGAGCAAAGACCGCAAACACAUCUGGUUUGGAGAGACGAUGAAUGGAGGAUUUCAYUUUGGAUAUGGUGAUGACAGCCUGGCGCCCAACACCGCUGCCAUUCAGAUGACAUUCCUGAGACUUCUGUCCACCGAAGCGUCUCAAAACCUCACCUACCACUGUAAGAACAGCGUGGCCUACAUGGACGCCUCGACGGGCAACCUGAAGAAGGCCGUGCUGCUGCAGGGCUCCAACGACGUGGAGAUCAGAGCYGAGGGCAACAGCCGCUUCACCUACAGCGUCAUGGAGGACGGCUGCACGAGACACACAGGACACUGGGGCAAGACAGUGAUUGAAUACAGGUCGCAGAAGACCUCUCGCCUGCCCCUUGUGGACAUUGCCCCCAUGGAUAUUGGUGGAGCAGACCAGGAGUUUGGAGUUGAUGUCGGGCCGGUCUGCUUCUUGUAAAACGAACAAGCAAUCGAACCGAGGAGCAAGAAGAAGUGGAAACUUUAGGAAAGAAUAAAUUAAGAAAAUGAAUGAGAAGCACGCUUCAGAAAAAAAAGGAGAGAAAGAGAGAAAAGGAAAAAUCGAGACACUUUUAUUUUCAACGGGACUGUUUUUCUAAGUAAAAAGUGUUUUUAUUUCAAGUCGAACUUCAUAGGAUAUCUGCACUGAAUGGCAGCGGCAACUGUCCUUUGUGAUUCCUCCAGCGUUGCCUUCAGUCUUCUAUCCCUCCCCUCAUGGACACCCUCGAUUCUCUUAAAUCCCCCUCUCUGCCAUCUAUCUUUUAUCUUCUGAACAAAUAAGAGGAAGUAUGAGGAGAAUAACGGAACAUACCUGAGAACAAGAGAGAGAACAGUGUGUUGGCAUUGAUUAUUUAUUGUUUGGGUGUGGAUCUCAGGUAUGAGAGGACCGAGUUUGUUGCAAAGUAGUAAAAAAUAAACCUGCUUACGUAUAUUUAAGGAGAAAAAAACUCAUCAGCCAACUUCCUCUCUUACUUCCUCCUCUUUUCUAAUCAUCCCAAUGCUUUUAUGUCACAUCCACUAAAAAAAACAUAUUUGUUUGAAACCAAAAAUCUAACAACGUACUGUAGAGAGUGCAAGUGUUCCUAUUUCAGCCGCCGUCAUUUGUAUCAAAAAUUGCUGUGUAUUAUAAUAAAGUCAAUGGUGCUAUUGUUGUAAAACAGUUUGUAUUUUUUUACCAAACAGAUACACACAAAUAUCAUUUUCUACAUUUGUAUAUAUAUGUAUAUGUUUGUAUACAUAUACAUACACAGCUCAUUGCAGAGCAUUUCACCCUGGAUUUUUUAAUUUCAUCAUGGCAAAUGUCUAAACUUGAACCCUUUCUGCGUCUAUUUUCUUUCUUUGAAGAAAAAGCACCCUGAGUAGUUUUUGCAAUCAAGGGAAUUAGGAUGAAUUUUACCUUCUUU